AUGCCCCAUCACAAGUCGGACACCGUGACAAGAUAUAAACCUUGUCAAGUGUUAUCUGACCACCAAACCCCCUACGUAAUCUGGUUCGAAGAUACUCUUCACCAUUAUGGUGUUCCUACAUGGAAGUUCGAUCUCUACCUCCUUGUCAUGGACCUUGACAAGGCAGCAGAAUUACUUGUCAAGGCUGGAUGGGUUCUUGACACGCAAGGGCCACAUGUAAUCGGGAAUGCAAAAGUAGAACUCCCACAAAAGCGGCUCGUUUUUCCAAGCAGCAAGACAACAACUGUUCUUCUUCCAGCUCAAGAGUGGAAGUUUCCUCUGAAUGCCGACUCACCUGACGAUGCGCCGUUGACAACAGACUCACACGAGAAUGUGUCAUUCCCACCCCUACUAGGUUUCCUUGAUGCACUGAUUGAGAGCUGGCUGGACUCUCCUGGUGAUGAUGAUGCUAUGUUGUUGAUUCACUUGGCCUGCCAAAUCUCCUAUCUUUACGCCUAUGUACCCGCCCUAAAACAGCGGACAUUCGCCGAACAAAUGAAAUAUGAACACCGCCAGUUCCACUUUGAUGUGUCGGCAGGAAUGCAGACGGGCACUAUCCAAUUCAGAAAGCACCAGCAUGCUAUUCGAGAUGCAUUAUUACAGGGCCAGUAUGAACUACGGGAGUGUUUGGCGUCUCGUGAUAAUGAAGAUCUUUUUGAUACUGGGAGAGUGGGGAUAUCCUUAUGA